AUGCUCACAUUUGACAACACAUUGCAAACGGUAAAAGACAAGCUUGCAGCAAGAAAGGAUGUCCUCAAGAUCCUACAAAAAACGCCAUUCUGGAGCAUCAUCAAGGCUUACAUGGAAGGUCAGUUAACCAAGGUAGAAUGCCAGAAGUCUAAUUAUCAAAUAAUUAAACUAAUCAGACUCUACAACCCCGCAACCAAAAAAUUCAAAUUCAGUGAAGGCAACGAGCAUGAAAUUACAAGCAAUGAUGUGUCUGACAUCUUUGGAUUGCCAAACAAAGGAAACAAGUUGCCAAGCACAACAACUUCCACAAGAACAAAUUUGGCCUUCGAAAAGAAGUACUUCGAGAAGUCAAAAAAAAUCACAAAAACUGAGAUUGAUAGGUGUCUGAACACAGCAAUAGCAGAUGACAGAAAGAAGAAUGCAAUGGAUGUUGUCAGGUUGUUAAUCCUAGAGCUCUUCAUCACAAAUCUCUUUUGCAACUCUGGGGCGACAAUGGCUUGGACCUUUUUGACUAUGAUCGACACAUUAGAAGCUAUGAACAGCUACAACUGGGCACAAGGAGUCUUAGAUUACAUGCAUUAUGGACUGGACCAAGCCAUAAAAAAUAAAAAGGACAAGACAAAUCAACCAAGCGUCAGUGGUUGCCUUGUGCUAAUCCUGAUAAAAGCUGCUGACAAUGAAAAAGAAGAAGCAACAAAGACUGAUCAUGCAGACCAUGAAGAACAAGAAGAAAAUGAAGAGGAUGAUGACUUUGUUAUCACACUUAAAGAUUGGUUAAAGAGUCAAACACAAAAAGGAAAAAGCCAGACUGUUAUUACCCAGAAAACAGAACUUCAGCUUCCAUGA